AUGGCUCAUUUGGAUGAAGAGAAGAUCUAUCCACUUGUAUUGGACCUCUUGAACCCAAACCUGAGGGAACAAGCCCUCUUGGACCUCAGCAAGAAACGUGAACAAUACGAGGAUCUUGCCCUAGUGCUAUGGUACUCGUAUGGCGUCAUGUCAGUCCUUCUUCAAGAAAUUGUCUCGGCCUACCCUCUCCUGAGUCCACCUAACCUCAAUGGAGUGGCAUCCAACCGAGUGUGUAAUGCACUGGCGUUACUCCAAUGUGUUGCAAACCACAACGAAACCCGUACUCUAUUCUUACAUGCCCAUAUACCUCUUUAUCUCUACCCUUUCCUCAAUACCACUAGCAAGACCCGACCCUUUGAAUAUCUCCGUCUCACAAGCCUGGGUGUCAUUGGUGCAUUGGUCAAGGUAUAUUGUAAUGACAAUCCAGAGGUUAUUAGCUUUUUAUUGUCAACCGAGAUUAUCCCUCUUUGCUUGCGUAUUAUGGAAACAGGUAGCGAGCUGUCCAAGACAGUCGCUAUUUUUAUUGUACAAAAGAUCUUGGUAGAUGAGACAGGACUGUAUUACAUCUGUCAAACAUAUGAACGAUUCUAUGCUGUCGCUACUGUACUUCACAAUAUGGUUAAUCAGUUGGUGGAAACCCAGGCAAUGCGUUUAUUGAAGCAUGUCAUUAGAUGCUACUGGAGACUGUCAGAGAACCCAAGAGCGCGCGAAGCACUGCGCCAGUGCCUUCCAGAGCCAUUAAGAGAUUCUACAUUCCAUCAAGCCCUCAAAGACGAUGUGGCCACCAAGCGUUGUCUGGGCCAAUUGAUGUUGAACAUGACCGAAGGCAUGCCUAUUUAA